CCCGGGCGGCCGGCGGCGUUGGGAGUUCCCGGCUCACCCGCCGCCCCCCCGCCCCAAAAGAAGUGCAGUAGUUUGUGAAACGCAAGAUGGCGGCGCGGCCGUGAGCGAAGGCGGCAGGCGGGCAGGCAGGCGGGAGGGCGGCGAGGGCUGAGGGGGCGAGGCGGAGCGGCGCCGUCAGAUCAGGAUGUGCAGCGCUGGAGAUCAACACCGACCACAAUAAAGCACGAAAUGGAGGCAGUUCUGGAUCUCUGAAAGGGUUCACAGGAUCUGCAAUAGUGAACGUUUUCUGGUGGUGGAUGUGGACUUUAGAAUAGAGUGUGGCUCAGCAUCUCAUCCUCAACUGUCUCUUUUUAAUCUGAUUGCACUACAAAAGCAAAGCUGCUAAUGGGAUAAAUGUUGAGACAUUACAAGAACUGACUUGAAGUACCAAAAGCCAUUACUAUUAUUAAUCAAGAAGAGCCUGAAGCUAAGUCUGUGUCUGACCAAUUGGUAUCAUUUUCACAUAACAGGCAUGGCAAGUAAACGAAAAUCAACAACACCGUGCAUGGUCUUAGCCAAUGAGCAGGAUCCAGAUCUGGAAAUGGUAUCUGACUUGGAGGAAGGACCACCUGUACUGACACCAGCAGAUAACCCCGCAGCAGAGAGCGUAACAAGUGAUGAGGAUGUUCAUGAGUGUGUGGAUUCAGACAAUCAGAAAAAUGCAAAUAAAGUAGAAGGUGGUUAUGAGUGUAAAUACUGUACUUUUCAAACACCAGAUCUCAAUCUGUUUACUUUCCAUGUGGAUUCGGAACAUCCCAACGUAGUGCUAAAUUCCUCCUAUGUUUGUGUAGAAUGUAAUUUCCUUACCAAAAGAUAUGAUGCUCUCUCAGAACAUAAUCUGAAGUACCACCCUGGAGAGGAGAAUUUUAAAUUGACCAUGGUGAAACGUAAUAAUCAGACAAUCUUUGAACAAACAGUGAACGACCUCACUUUUGAUGGGAGUUUUGUUAGAGAAGAAAAUGCUGAACAGGCUGAAUCUUCUGAGGUCCCCUCAUCAGGGAUCUCAAUUAGCAAAACUCCUAUUAUGAAAAUGAUGAAAAAUAAAGCUGAGACUAAACGUAUUGCUGUUUUCCACAAUGUAGUCGAUGACAUUCCUGGUGAAGAAAAGGGAACGGAGAAUGAGCCAAACUCUGAAGAAGCAGUGGAAAACCAACCACCGGCUGUUCCUGAGUCCAAAGGGAGCCACUCAGUUGUUUGCAGUGCAGCAGAUGUGGCCAGUGCAGUGGUGACUCCAGCACCAGUGCUUCAGCCUGGGGUGGCACAGGUUAUAACAGCUGUUACAGCUCCACAGAACUCAAACCUGAUUCCAAAAGUCCUAAUACCUGUCAACAGCAUUCCAGCCUAUAAUACUGCUUUGGAUAACAAUCCUCUUCUGCUCAACACCUACAACAAAUUCCCAUAUCCAACCAUGUCAGAAAUCACUGUUCUUUCCACUCAAGCUAAGUACACAGAGGAACAGAUUAAAAUCUGGUUUUCAGCCCAGCGUCUGAAACACGGGGUGAGCUGGACACCAGAGGAAGUGGAGGAAGCGAGGAGGAAACAAUUUAAUGGCACCGUGCACACUGUGCCACAGACAAUUACCGUCAUUCCAGCGCACAUUUCCGCUGCCAGCAAUGGUUUGCCUUCCAUUUUACAGACGUGCCAAAUAGUUGGUCAGCCAGGACUUGUUCUCACUCAAGUUGCUGGUGCAAACACGCUGCCAGUCACAGCCCCAAUCGCUUUGACUGUAGCGGGGGUCCCAAACCAAACGCAGUUACAGAAGAGUCAGAUCCACACGGCUCAGCCUCUUGCAGAAACCAAACAAGCAGCUGCCACCCCGGCCCCUCAGCCCAUCAAAAAUGAAUCUGCACUGAUGAAUCCUGACUCCUUUGGCAUACGAGCCAAAAAAACGAAGGAACAACUGGCAGAGUUGAAAGUCAGCUACCUUAAAAAUCAGUUUCCUCAAGAUUCAGAAAUUGUUAGGCUUAUGAAAAUAACAGGGCUGACUAAAGGAGAGAUCAAAAAGUGGUUCAGCGAUACACGCUACAAUCAGAGAAACUCAAAGAAUAAUCAUGGGAUUCAUCUCAACAGUGAUUCGUGUGCCACCAUUGUUAUUGAUUCAAGUGAUGAAAUGAAUGAGUCCCCGACGGGAGUCGCUCCGCAGAGCAAGUCAUCGUGGAGUGCUUUUCCUGAUUUCACCCCACAGAAAUUCAAAGAGAAGACUGCUGAACAGCUGCAAGUCCUCCAAGCAAGUUUUCUUAAUAACCCUGUCCUAACUGAUGAAGAGAUGAAUAGGUUGAGAGCACAAACCAAACUGACCAGGAGAGAGAUUGACGCCUGGUUUACAGAAAAAAGGAAAUCAAAUGUCUUAAAGGAAGAGGGAGCCGACUUGACUGAGAGCAAUGCUGGCAGCUCAAAAGAGGAGGCUGGAGAAACAUCUGCGGGAGAUGGAGCAGCAGGAACAAAAUCAGGGUGUUCCACUUCAAGCAAAAUAGGGAAAAAAUCACCAGAGCAGUUGCAUAUGCUUAAAAGUUCCUUUGUUCGUACUCAGUGGCCAUCUCCACAAGAAUACAACAAGCUGGCAGAAGAAACUGGGCUCCCAAGAUCAGAAAUUGUGAGCUGGUUUGGAGAUACUCGCUAUGCUUGGAAAAAUGGUGGAUUGAAAUGGUAUUAUUAUUAUCAGAGUGCCAAUACAAACAGUCUGAAUGGCCAAGGCUUCUCAAGAAAAAGAGGGAGAGGAAGACCAAAAGGGAGAGGCAGAGGGAGGCCUCGGGGCAGGCCUCGAGGAAGCAAGAGAUUAAAUUGCUGGGACAGAGGUGUGUCUGUCAUAAAAUUCAAAACUGGAACAGCAAUCCUGAAGGACUACUACAUGAAGCACAAAUUCCUUAAUGAGCAAGACCUUGAUGAACUGGUAGCCAAAUCACACAUGGGAUAUGAGCAGGUCAGAGAGUGGUUUGCAGAAAGGCAAAGAAGAUUAGAACUUGGAAUAGAGCUGUUUGAUGAGAAUGAGGAGGAAGAUGAAAUGCUUGAAGAUCAGGAAGAUGAGGAAGAAACAGAUGAUAGUGAUACUUGGGAACCUCCCCGACAUGUUAAGCGUAAACUUUCAAAAUCAGAUUGACAUGCAGUUUGUGAUUUGGAGGCCAAAAACCUGUUAAUUAGGUUGGAUGUUAUGGAGAAGAGCCAAAUGAUUUUUCAUGGCCUUCAGUUUAGCAAGCACCUGCUUAGCAUCCUCCUUCCGCCUAAAAAAACAUGGGCAAGAUGCUACCUAUGCAGGAAACAACUAUUUGCUUCCUUGCUACAAGAGAUGAACACCCUCAGGCCUAGCCUAGGACGUGAGUUUAUGAAUGAGAUCCAGUUCAGCUCCUCCUCUUCCACAUUACCAACAGGAAGGUUCAUGUUUGUAAUUCUCAUGACUGCUUCUCAAUAUUUAAUUGCCUUACGUUUAAUUCCAAAAGAAAACCACAGACACAUAUUUUUUCAUUGAUGUAGGAGAACAUUACCUGCUCAUGAAGGAAGAAAGUACAAAAACCUAAGAUGUCUGUUUGCAAACAUCGCUUCACCUGAAAGGUUUCGUGGCCUGGGUCUAUUUCUUAAGGAAAGAGUUCAGAACAAAAGAGAAGGGGAAAAGUAUGACAAAGGAAUCAAUGAACCUAGGGGUGAGGAUUGCUUGGUUUAAACAAAUGAGGUGAUAUUGGCACCUUUUGCAUAGCUUCAGAAUGUUUUGGGUUUACAGAACUUGUUCUGACAUGUUCCGUGUUUAUAACUGAGUUAACUGAAUGAGUCAAAUGCUAGAAGAUGCUUUUUGCAUUUAAUCAGUGUAUCCUACAUCAAUUUAAUUUAAAUGCCUGACAAACUUGAUGCAGUUAAUAGUAAUGUUAAUUUUUAGCUUGUGCAUUCUUCCCUUUGUUGGAAAUGGUAAGAAAAGUAUGUAUAUUUCUACCUAAAAAGAAUAAUUUCUUGAAAUCUUACACUGAAUUUUAAGGUAAACGUGAGGCAGAAACUGCCUAAAAGUUGUUCAGAGUUGCUUAAGGGCUUGUAAGAAUACACAGUUGCAGAGUUGAAAAGCCUCUUUGGGUGCUAAUAAGAAAGGUUUUCAUGUUGUGGCAAUGACAUGAUGUUUAAUUCUCAAACAAAAUGAAGUUAUAUGGCUUUUAGACGCUUAGGAAUGAUAAACAUGCUAGUGUUUAACUGUUCUUCAGCGACAGCCCAGUUGGAUGAUGUGUGUGCAAGUUUAAGUUAAAUUCAUCUGAAUGGGUUGAGCUCAGCCCUGUGCUGAUAGGGCUGCUGAGUGAAUGCACUCAUUUUUUGAGGUGGUUUGAGCUACCCGAACUGGACUCCUGAAAUAAUGUAGUCUAAGAAACUGCUACAUCUUUAAAACAGAGAAGAAGAAAAAAAGUAGCUAUUUAAGACACUGAAAGCAUAGCAAGAGUUUGAAUGAUCAACUUUAUAAAUGGGCCAGCCUAAUGGAAGUUAAUUUAGGCAAAUGUCUGGCAUUUAGAGAAUUGGUACUUUUCUGAGGAAGAGUAAUUUGUGUUCUUGCUACUGUCAAACUACAUUUUUUAGGGAUGAGCUACUUUAUAUUUAGAUGUCAAAGAAUGAUAAUGAAUUGGUGCUGCUGUUGCCAGCAUUGUCUGCUUUUACAUUGGCACUAAUGGAAAGGAUACUAGCAAUCUCCUUUUGCACAUCUGUCAGCACCUUCUCUAUAGGCUUCUGCAUCUGGUGACCAGUGAGGGACAUGUUAGUGUAGAGAAAAUGUGCCCUAAUGUUUCCAAGAACCUAAUCUGGAAUUACAAUUUCUUCUUCCCUGUGAUAACUGUCAAAACACCAAAGAAAGUCAUUGUGACAUGAUUUUCUGAAGCAGAGGAGGCCAUGUUAGAUCUGUUUUUCAUACCUGAUCGUGCAGAUCAAAGAGAGUAACAUCUGACACAAGAAAAAAAUGAAAAAUACUGGUAGCUCAGCUUCCUUCCUGGACACUGGUAGCUGCUCUUCUGCUUCCAGGUGGAACAGGCUGCCUGAGCUGCAGGAGCAUGUUCUGUGUGAAAGCCAUUUACUGGAGUGAGCUCUUCUAACUGUCUGAGAUUGCUGGAAAGAAAAAGGCAAUAGCUUUUGGUGUGUGUCAUGACUUUGGUGAUGAAACUAUCUCCUGACUCCUGUGAGUGAGGCACAAGGUGGCCAGUGAUGCUAGAGAGGACCAGCAGCAGUCACUCAGUUUAACCUGGGGAUGGGGGAGAAGCAAAACUGUGUUGUCAGCACGCUUCAUUGGAGUGCUUAUGGCUCUGGAUGUAAGGUGCUGUAAGAGAGAUCAAGGCCUGAUGGUCUUCUUAGUGCUGACUUCUACAUGUGUUAGGGAGGUGCUCUUGUUUGGCUGGUAAUGAUAUGGAUGAGGCUGUUGUAGAUGCCACCAGAUACAAGAUUCAUGUUAGCUUGAAGCUCCCCUGGGAAUACAGGGUCAAAAAUCAGUGCUUGCUGAGUGGGAAAGGACAAAGCUAGUAGAGAAAGAGAUGCUAUUUUAAGUUUCCAAAAGUAUGAAAUCCAUAAAAUCCUUGGGAACAUGCCUCUAGCAAGGAAAACCUGGAGUUGCCUGAAUCCUUAAGGCUGACCCAGGAUUUAAUUUUUUACAAUAGAAAACCCAAAAAUACUCAAGCAACCUGUCCUAAUAAACAUCUCUGAUUUUUGUUAGCAGAGACUGAUUUAGGUUAGCACUAACUCAAAUCUUUUUAAAAAGAUGGCAAAAAAUAAAGAUCCAAGGUAAUUAUAUGAAUAAAGUGGGAAAUUUUCCAUUCUGGCAGUAUACAAAUAUAUAUACAAAUAACUCUCAGCUACAAUGGUAGGCCUGAGCACAUCUGGCCUGAAAAACACAGGAAGAGGAAAUACAUUGUUUAUCAGACUUAAUAUAGUUGGAUUGGAUGUCUUAUUCCAGUGAGAUGGUCAGAGAUGGUGGCAGUUAUAUACUGGGCCAGAUUUUCCAUUGCUGUAAAUGUUGCAAUUCCAUGUAUUCCAGUGGCUGUAACAGUAUUUACAUCCAAUUGAGGGACAGCAUCUCUUUGCAGAAUAUAAAAUUGAAAUUAAACCAUGUGCUGUGGGUCAGCUAAUGAGAGAUGCAGAGUGCCCACAUUUCCUUUGGGCUAUGUGCUCAUUGUAAGCCUUUCAGUUGUGCCAAGGAUAAGAAAAAAUCUGGGUGGGCUCAGCCUGAGGAGAGCAGUUUUAUGCAUUCAUUAUUGCUUAUAUUAUGUCUCUUAUUUCUGUUUGAACAAAGUCCAUUGAUUUACCAGUUUAUUUCAUGUGUAUAUUUGCACUGCUUACUGGGAGAGAGGGAAACUCCUUCCAAGGCCUCCCGCAUCAGGAUUGACAGGAGAAGCAUUAGAAAGAGCUGUCAGCAUUCUGAUCUGUUUUAUCUGUGAAUUAUGGUCAUGAUUGAUGGGAACUCAAAGCUGCUGGUAACAGUGGUUUAGCCCAGAUUAAUCUCAGCCAACCUUGGGCUGCUCUGCUCCUUACCUUGGUGCCCAAGACACACCACAGAGUCACUGAGAGAAAGAAAUCUCCAGGUGGGUGGAGAGGAUCCGGUGCCUUCUCGUUCUACCAGUUACAAACAGGAAACUUCCUAAGCUUAAGCACAUAAGCAAGUGUCUUGAUUUGUUGAGGAAUCUUGAGCAUUGCUCUGCUCAUCAGCAGUGUCACUGCAGCCUGGCUCCCUCUUGUAGCUCUCACUUGUCUGCAGAGGGUUUUGGAUGCCACUUGUGCUGAGCUAUGUUCACAGUGGAGAGGGAAGAGGCAUGAAAAGUCCAUCUUCCCUGGGUGAGUGUCCAUUUUGUUCAUUCCCCUGCUCAGUGAAGAAUUGUGUGGAGAUGAGCCAGUGGGAUGUUUUCUGUGUUUCUGUGGAGCUUCACCUCUUAGGUUUGAGCUAGUUACGAGCCAGGCUUCAGUGGCUGUCACUGACAGUGAGAUAAAGAAACUCUUUGAUCUUGCUCAGAUCUUACCUCAAAGUAGCUGAUCUGUUCUGAGUAUUGGAUGUCAGCACAAGGUCCUUUAGAGCUAAGGUGGAGCUUUUCUCUUCAUCUGCUGUUUCCACCAGUACCUGAUCUGAUGAUGCUAGUUACUGCUGUCCAUGGAAUUCAUCUGAGAGAAUAAAGAUAAUCCUUUGCCAAAAUGGAGAGGGAGAAGGACUAAAAGAAAGCAAGCAGUGUCACCAUCGGGUGAGGCAUCCACCAUGACUGCAUCGUGCUGCUUCAUGGCAUGUUUUGCUUUUGCUUCUAAGUACAGUGAAAAAGCACAGUUCCAUCUUAAACAGUGCUGUCUUCCCAGUAUCAACCUCUCAAUGACCCCAAGGUUAGUGUUGUAAAAAGAAAGUCAGACUUAUUCCUCCCUGGAGGUUUGAAUGAACGAACAGAGUGCUGGCUUGUGAGAAGUAGAAGGAAGGGAAAAUACAAAAGCUUGAAGGCUCUUGACUUUUGCCUGCCCUGCAGAAUUCACUUACCUAAAAACUGAUAAGCAAAACAAGUUUUAUUGUUGCUCUUUUGACAGAACAAGUAUUACAAUCACUCAUUUUUAGCACACAGAAAUCUCUGCUUUGUUUUGAAAGCCAAGGAGAAGAAAGAUAUCCAGUACCUCAUUACUAGAAUUUAGUGGAUUAUCUCUAAUCCACUGUUAGAAUGAAUGAAGCCAUUCCCUUUUUUAACCUUGCUCAGUACCAUUUGAAAAAUUGGUUGUUGUUUUUUUUCAUUACAAUAUAUGCAAUAUGGUGUCUGGCUGCAACUUUGGUUAUUGGGAAGGCAACUCUUGCAGUGUCCACACAUGACAUGAAAUAAUUUUCCUAAUGCAUGAUUUGUAGACUUCAUCCAAAAGUCUUUUCCUGCUCACCAAGGAACUCAAGGCAAGCAAAUGCACUCCCUUCCCCUCUGCAGAGCAGAGAAAGCAUUUCUGGAGCCCACACAAAGUGAUUCAUGGCCUCAUGUGGUCCCCAUAGGCCAGAAAGCCCAAAGAUGCAGACACUCUUCCUCCACUCUUUCCUUCUGAAGUGAGAGCUCAGCAGUAACUCUGACAACUUGUCUCUGGCUUCUGUGUUUUAAGGUGGGCUGUAUUUUCCCUUUUGCACUUAAUGGAGUACUGUGUAUUCAGGCUGGAUAUCAGUAUUUGCUUCUGUAAAUAUGAUGGUAUCGAUUUGCAUCCUCCACCUGAGUCUUGUAUCUGUGUAUAUUCAUAUCUCCCAAGGAGAGAAGAUAAUCUUUAAGCUUCUGUAAUAUUAAAUAUCCCUGACCUAAGCUGAGUGCACAUGAAAUAUAGCUACUUUCUUUGAUUUAAUUUAUUUUUUCUUGGAAAAGAAUUUUGCCUACAUUCAAUAGUAAUGAAGAGACAGUAUCAAUGACCAGAGAGCAGUAGAACUGUUAAGAGUUGUUUGUAAUGCCUGGGAUGAUCAUGUACAUUAGAGAAGGGCUAGUGAGGGCUCAGUUCUCUGCACUAAAUGGUGCUGGGUUACACCUGUAUUCUUCAUCCAGCUUGUGAUAUCCUAGGAUAAGUAGAGGUACCAAGUAGUAUGCUUGAAACUUACUGAGUCAAGUUACUUGAUGUUUGGUGAUAUAUUAAAAUUCUUUAGGGAAAGAAGUUGUAACAGAAAGUGAAAAAUCCCCUCAGUAGCUACUUACACAUGCUCGUUUGCUCAGAAUUCUGUGUUAUUUUCCCACUUCUGAAAAGGGAGAUUUUGAAGCACAUGGGGGUUACAACCCAUAUUUCCAAGUUUAAUGGUCUGAGCUUUUGGGGGUUUUUCUCCUUCUGCAAUAGAGGGCAUCUGCACUUUUUCGGUGGAUGGUAAUGGCAAAAAAGACUUACACAGCAUUUUAAAAUGUAGUGUGGUAACUGAGGAUCCUGUAGCACUUUUUGUGAACUAAGGUGAGAUUUGUCUGAUUGCUUGUUGAUGUCUGCUUUUAAGCAGGACACUGUAGCUAGUCAGUACACCUAAUGAAUGUGAGACAGCUCAUCCUGCAUGCCUGGAGUUGGUCAGAUGAACUGCACCCUAAACUCCACUGACUGCUACACGUGGCUUGCAGGCAGACAGGGACACUGCAGACAUCUGGAAUGAGGUGAGAUGAACCCUCACCUGGGAGCAUGCUGGUUUUCAGCACUGGUCUCAGUGUUGUGGUUAGCAAUGGUACUCACCUCUGCUUCCCACUUGACAGUUGCUGGGGAGCAUGAGGCCUUUUGUUUGUUUUGGUUUGGUUUUGCUUUUUUUUUGCUUUUUUUCUUCUAGAGCAGGUAGCACAACAUUGGUGGAUAAAGUAACUGAUUCUUUGUUAUAGUACUGUGGCAUAAUGAUGAUGUGGGGUUUCUCAAGUGUUCUAGAGAUAAGGUGACUAUAGGAACAUUGGACCAUGCAUAUCUUAGAAUGUGUUAAGACACAUAAUAUUUGUGUCUCAGCUGAUAAAAGUAUUUCCUUAUGCUUAUCCAAUGCUAGAUACCUAUCAUGAAACUUUCCCUAAAGAAUCUGCUAGAAUGACAGAAGAUCCAAGUCUUCAUUUGGGGUAUGAAACCACCAACCGUGAGAGCUCCCUUAGGAUUCCAAAAUGUUCGCCCUGCCUCCAGUUCCAGCUUACAAAACUGUUUCCAAUUUUGCAUAGCUGGCUAUCUGCAUGUAUGCUUACAGUCUGUACAGAAAUGCACUAAAAUGAGUUGCCCUACCUGGGAAGGCUUUAUAUUGUAUAGAAAAUGUGGCACUAGGUACUGCUCUUCAUGUGCACAGGAGAGUUCACAGGUGUCGAUCUCGUUUACAGAAAUGAUGGCGCUUUGCAAUUUUCUAUAAUAUAUUGCAAUAUAUUUAAAUGUCCUGUUUGACAUGUGAAAUGAAAUUAAGUUAAUGCAUUGUUAUGUAUUUGCAGUAUGAGGAAGAUGAUUCACUAACAACCAGCAAGGUUUUUAGAAGGUGUCCAGUAUGUAGCUGUCCGUGUGAUUUGUCUGGUGUAUGUGGUGUUAAAGGCAGCAAGAAUCCUCUCACUGUUUGGAAUGAAGAGUUUCUUUCGAAUGAUGCAAUAGCUUACAGUGUCUUUCCUUUGUAGCUGCCCAGUGUGGUGAAGGGGAAGCAAUUCUUGAAAAUGUUCAAGAUAACUGGUUAACUGUGAAUGGGCCUAAUCUUUCGUGAAACCAAGAACAUUUUUGGACACACACAGGACUUGAAUACUCAAAAGGAUUUGAACUUAGUGUUGUGCCAAAGUUAAACUACUGCAGUUGGCAGAAGUUCUGCACUGUAAAUAGAAGACUGAUUAAAAGACAGCUUGUAAAAAAAAAAAUCAAAAUUUUAAUACAGUACAUUUUUAUUCUGAUACAUGGAAACAUUCUGGUUUAGACCUUUUUUGAAGAUGCUUCAGUGACCACUAGAUUUUGUCCUCUUAUAUUUUGUUUGGCCUAAUACUAUAUGUUCUAGUAAGAUGGGCUUUAUUGCCUGUGUUCUUUGAUAUGUGAUUAAGCUUAUAGCUUUGAGUGACCAAACAUUUUACAGAGUAAAAGUUCUUAGAAACAGUAUAAUGUAACUGAUAUUUCUGUGUCUUAUUUAUCAGGCUCUGCACAAACUUGGAAAGUUGUGCUGGACUUGUACAACUCGUAUAUGGGAACACAGCAUACUUCUGGAUAUUACAAACCUAAGCCUUCGUGGCAUUAUGGAUCUUGUCUUUGGAUUUAUUUUUGUUAUUUUUUUGAGGCAAAGAGAUGAAUAGAUGCUGCUGUAAAGUAUUUGUAAUAUUGCCAUUAUUGCUUUCUGUAGCAAUUAUUGCUUUUGCUUCAUCAGAUAAAGAAAAUAAAUCAGAGAUAGAAAAAUCCUAAAAGAUGCUGGUAGAAGAAAGGAUCACGUGGGAACUUCUGAAAAUAAACUUUGUACCAAAAACCUGAAAACAGAAAUAGUGGAAUAAAUGUUUCCUUACUGA